UUGGAUGGAAUUUCUUUUCAACUUUACAAUUGGAUGAAUUUACUCAUGUGUCUAAAUACUCUUUUAUCUUAUUAAUUUAUGGUAGUCUAGCAAAACAGAAGUCCCGAUUCCCCAAAUCUGAAGAAUUAGGCAUUGCCGCUAUGAAGAAAACCAAACCCUCCUCCGCCGGCAUUUCUUCAGCAGAAACCAUAGCCCACAACCAAGACCUCUUAACCCAAAUCCUCAUAAGAAUCCCUCCAAAACCUCUCUUCAAACUUAAAUCCGUCUCAAAACGCUGGCUUUCCCUCAUUUCCAGCAUCCAAUUCUCUCACUCCCACUCUCUCCACCACCAAAACCAAGGCUUUCUCACCCCAACGGCUCUCUUUCUAGGCAUUGGAAACUACUACAGACUACCCUUUGGAUUACCUGUCCUUCCCUUAAACCCUGAAACCCAAGUUCCCGUCUUGGAUUUCAUUGUUGACCCACAGUUCAAAAUCCUCCAAUCCUGCAAUGGCUUGCUUUUGGGUCAUUGUUAUUACAAAAGUGAUGAAGGGUCGAGGUAUUUCAUCUGUAAUCCAUCUACCCAUAAGUUCAGAAUUAUUUCUUUGCCUGUUUCACAGUUGGGUUCUUUGCGUGCUGUUAAUUUAGCCUAUGAUCCUAUUAAAUCACCUUAUUAUAAGAUAAUUUGUGUAAGGAAAUUGAUAUCUCCAAGUAACAGGUUUUUUAUAUAUAUUUAUUCAUCAAAGUCUGAUGCAUGGGAUGCUUCUUGGAUUAGCUUUCAGGCAAAUGAGUAUAUAAGGUUUGACUAUGCUGUUUUUUGUAAUGGGGUCAUUCACUGGAAUAGUAAUGGUAGGAAAUCUUUGCGGUUUGAUGUGGAGAAUAAAAUAUUGAAAAAAAUACCAAUGUUGGCUCCUAUGUUUCAAGCUCCAGAGGAAUCAGAGGAUGAGGAUAGUCGAUAUUUUGGGGAGUCUCGGGGCCAUUUGCAUCUUGGAGUUACAUACAUGCCAUUUUGUUUGAAAGUUAAUGUUUUUGAGAUGGCGGCUGAUUAUUCUCAUUGGUUCCUUAAAUACUGUCUGAAACUCGAUGAUGCUAUGAAAAUUUUGCCUGACUUGAGGUCGUUCUUUAUUGAGAACUAUUUUGGAUUCCCUGUUUUGUCUGUUAUCCGAUCUGAAGGUGAAGAAUCAAAGGUUGUGAUUCUUGUGGAUUAUAAAGCAAUUUGCUAUGAGCUAAAGGAUGGGAUUUUGCUAAGGGUUUAUGACCUAAAGCAGUAUCCUGAGACUCUCAACCGAUGUCCAUUGAAUUAUAUUGGGAUUCAAAGCUUUCAAUACUUUGAGACCCUCGCUUGGGUUUGAGGGUCUAACACUCUACUGGCAGUCCGGCAUGGACACACCAAUCUUCUCAGGUCUUAUUUCGAUGGGCAAUGCGUAAAGGAUACAUAUUUUGUACAAAGUAAUUUAGAGUAAGACAUCAGUUUUGGGUGUUAGGGUUUGGUGAACAGUUAUUUUUAGUGCUGUACUUGAUAUGCACAUAGCAUUGUAAAUGUUUAUAAAAUACAAAUGGACUUCCCCCUUUGUGUUAAUACUCUUUUCUC